AUGCUUCGAACAAUGCAUUUCACGUCGCUCCCGCUUCUGGCCGCGGCCGCGUAUCUAGACCCAUCGCUACAACAGCAAAAGCCGUUGCUAGACUCCAAACCAGCAUCGUCAGAUGUGGUCACCCUCAUACUGGACCAAAAUCUUCACUACAUCAUUACUACUUCCUCUGAUUAUGUCUGGCCUACCCGUCUCGAUCAUCUUCAAGCCCCGGUAGCUGCAUUCAGCAUCAAGGAGUCCAUCCACCACGCCAUCACCAUCAACAUCCCCUCCGAUUCUUCGCUCACGGGUACCGCUACCUUCUUCACUACACCUCAACCGGAACUAUGGUCCCAGUCUACCGAUCAGUUCACAUGGACUCCACAUCUACUACUAAACUCCGGGAAAAUGCUCGGCGCACACAUCCCCAUACUAGACAUUGGCAUCAGGAAGGAUGGUAUGCUUACCAUGCCUGCUAAAUUCGCGACUCUCGAUCUAAGUACACCCUACAUAUACGUUCCAAAGGGUAUCUGGGACGUUUUGCUGCUAGCUACGACUACCGAACAGCAAGCCAGGGACGGCGAGGAAGUGCUGUACGUGGACUGUGGAGCGUUGAGCGUCUUCCCUGAUCUGGUAUUUGGUAUGGCACCAAGUGAGUGUGGGAGUGGUGAGGAGAUUGCAGACGACGACGACGAUGGUGAAGAUGAUUAUGACGAAGAAGAAGAAGAUUACGGAGAACUGGUCAUCACACCUGAACAGUAUGUCUUGCAGACCUCAGAAGGGAAAUGCAUGCUUCUGACUAGGAACGCCGACUCUCAUCCUAGCGUACUGGGAACAGUCAGUCUUGGUUGGGCUGCGGUGAGGGGUCGCGAAGUCAUACUGGAUCGGCAUGUUGGACGCAUUGGCUUCGGAAGUUCAGUAUGA